ACUCUACUGGCUUUUUAUUCGACUCAAAUCCGACCGCAUGUCUGACCCAGGGGUCCGCCUGCUGCCGGGAGCAAACGGCACCCAUUUCGCCAAAAUUUGACGGAUGGAUGCUGUGCUGUCGUAGAAGAGGAGGGAUGAACAAAACGCGUGAUAUAUUGUUUGGCAAUUUCGCUCAUCGCCUAUUUAUGGGAGGCAGCGGCGGCUCGGCCCGUUCUUUAUUAUAGGAAACGGAUCUCCGCGGUUAGCUAUGUGAAGAGCAGAUCGCCCCAAUAAUUCUCGUUUCGCGAUCCUGAGGAAUAAUUAUGAACAACGCGCAAGAUAUGUCGCCCGAUUUUGUGUUGAUGCGCCUGGUUUCCGCGGCCGAGGAUGACCGCUUGGACGCGGAAAACGGGAAUCUGCCCCCGGGUGGAGUGGUGGCAGGGCUGGGGAAGGAGGUCCUGGCUCACGGCGUCGUCAAAGCGGGUUUGGAUAUCAGCCGAGAUCCGACUGCGGGCCUCGAGCAUCCUAGCGGCCGCCUGAACAAAGCCCAGCCGAGCGGCGAGGGCACGGCUGCACCUGACUCCGGGGUGACGGAGAGCCGAGCCCCGCUGUCCGCGCCUCCUCCGCCGCAGAGCCCCAUGAUGGAGGCCCAGGGAUUUGACUUCGCUCCCAGCCCCGGCCUACGGCCUCAGCUGCUCGUCUUCUCCAAUAUAAUGCGGAACGGAGAAGGGAUUUUAGAAUUAGACCGUCGGAAUCAGCCGAGGGAUGCUCUGGGUUUGGACCAGAGCCCCGGGUCUGCAGGCUGCUCUGACCCGGCUGUCAAUAACAACACUCGGAGUCCCGGAGACGUUCAGCAGCAGCAGAGCCUGCUGGACCGGACGUGGGGAGCGCAUCCGCCGGUUUCUGUAACCGCGGAGAUGCAGGGAGCUGCGGAGCUAUGCCGCCGGCACCGACUUAUCACUACCCCGCCCGAGUGGCCCUUGUUGUCGGAGACAUCCAGCUCACCUCUCACCGUGAUUGACUCUAAAUGGGGAUGCGCCUCCAGGGACAGAGAGGGAGCCGUGUUCGAGCUGGCCCGACGGUUCGGGGAGCUGGGGGUCGGCGCGGUACCCAAGAUGCUGUUCAAAGCAGGGGAGCUUCCGCAGUGUUCGUGUCAGGGUGCGCACAGGCCGGCGGGAGGGGGAGUGGAGCCCGGGGAUGACCCGACGGAGACCAGCGAUGCUUUGUUGGUGCUGGAGGGGCUGGGAAGCGGGGAUGUAGCAGGCCUGGCCAUGGACGAGUGUCCGGAGGGCGAGCCGGACGAUGAGAACGGACGCCGUGAGUUUUUACUCAACAGGAAAAGGGAAAUAGUUCAGAAAAUGUCCGGGGCUUUCUCCAUCAGCAGCUUCCAAGUGGAGCUGAGGAGGCAGGUGGAGGGGACCGAAUCGGCGCCAGGGGCAGCGCACCUUGGCGCGCAGGUGUGCAGCCUCCACGGGAACAUAACCAGCCGGCUCUCGCAGCAGGUAAACUCCGGCGAUUCGGAGGUUGUCGCCCAGGUUUCAGCCACGUCACCUACACCGGUCCAGAGCUCACCGUGGGCCACAAGCCCGGACCUGAGCCAGGCGUCGACACCCAGGAGGCGGCCGGAGCGGUGCGCCAGCGCGCCGCGGACUCCCACGGGCAGCUGGGCCGCGGGUGGAGAAAAGGCGCUCAAAGUUCCAGGGAAGUCCAAAAAGGGCUCGUUAAAGAUCCGGCUGAGUAAACUGUUCCGGACUAAAAGCUGCAGCGGCUCCAAUCACCUGCUGGACAAGAGGCCCUCGGUGACCUACUCGGUGUCUUCUGCCGGGAGUCUGGUGGACAUGGCGAGCCACGCGGGAGCAGAGCAAGACGCAGACAGCCACAGCCAGCCCAGACUGACCAGGGCCCACAGUGCCUUCUCCCCCGCCUCCCUCUCUGCCUCCCUCUCUGCUUUCACUGAAUCCUUCCUCCGGGCCCUCCCUCAUUCGACCCCAUCGCCAGCUGACGCUGCACCCCCUUCCAGACAGGUCCCGCCCCCCAUGUUGUGCGCCCUGCGGCGUUCUGAAGCCAGCAACUUCACCGCCAGUCUGAGAGAGCUGGAGAAGUGUGGCUGGUACUGGGGUCCGAUGAACUGGGAGGACGCAGAGAUGAAGCUGAAGGGGAAACCGGACGGAUCCUUCCUGGUCCGAGACAGUUCAGACCCCCGGUACAUCCUGAGCCUCAGCUUCAGGUCGCAGGGAGUCACACACCACACACGCAUGGAGCACUACCGAGGGACGUUCAGCUUGUGGUGCCACCCGAAGUUUGAGGACCGCUGCCACUCGGUGGUGGAGUUCAUCGAGCGGGCCAUCAUGCACUCCAAGAACGGCAAAUUCCUCUACUUCCUCCGCUCCAGAGUCCCAGGGCUUCCUCCCACCCCGGUUCAACUGCUGUAUCCUGUAUCCCGCUUCAGCAACGUGAAGUCACUACAACAUCUCUGUCGCUUCUGCAUCCGACAAAUGGUCCGCAUCGACCACAUCCAGGAGCUUCCACUGCCCAGACCACUAAUAUCCUACCUGAGUAAGUUUUAUUACUACGACCCUGAGGAGGAGACGUACCUGUCAAUCAAGAGCAUCCGGAGAGCGGUGGGAGCCGAGCAACAGGCCGAGUCGCAGACGUAGCAGCAGAGAUCUUCUCAGCUCAAGUUUCUGUAUGGAGGACUGAUCUGUAUGCUACUGGACUGCUAGUCUUCCAGCAUCAGCCAAUCAGAGUCCUCUGGAAAUCUCUCCAGCUGGACGUUCAGGUGCAGAGGACUCAGCCUCGUCUUCAGAGGGACUGCAGACAUGUUCUCACCUCCAGACAUGUCGGUUUGAAACAAAAGGGAGAAUUAUGAACUUGAUUUGCAGAUUUCCUGAAGCUACUGAACUGGACUUUUAAAACACAAUGCACUGGUCAAUUUGUACAACUGUUGUUUGCUGCCGUUUCCUUGUUUUUCCUUCUAUUCUGUCAAAAAGAGGUUUUUUUUUUUUUUAUUAAAAGUUGCCCUCGGGGGAGAUAUACACACAGAGGCAGGGCAGCAGAGGCCCAUCCCUGAGCAUUCAGGCAGUCGGGGGGGUUAAGAGAGACAAGCCGCCAUGUUGGAGGCCCUAUGAUUUUUUUUUUCUCCCUGGAAAUCUCAAAAUUACAGCAGUGCUAAUAAAGUGCUUCUUCUACGGGGAUGGAUUUGAUAAAACUUUUACAACUUCUCAACUUUAAGUACUAUCUGGAAGAUUUUCAUUUGAAUAAAUGUCUUUAAAGUCUCUAUCGCCAAGUGAGGAUACACAAUGGUGACUCUGAUGAAAGCCCUUGCAUUUGCAUUAUUAUGAGUACAGUGGUGCUCAUAAGUUUAUGAACCCAUGCUACA